UUCGUAAAUCGCAUUUCACAAUUUUAUUAGUAAAUCCAAGGGUAAAUCGCAAGUGCAGGAACUAGGCUUUACUGUGGGCUUUACGCUUUGCUCUUACGAGAUAUCCGAUCUCAUCCGGCUUCGUUCCUUACUAAGACCUUCUUUAUGGCCAUCAUACACAACCAACAGCAUCAUAUUUUUCUAUCUUCUACCUAGAUGAUCUGUGGUUAAAAAUUAAAUGUCAAAAUCUAUUAACAGAUCAACCAGAGAUCAACCAUUGGAUCAACAUAUAAACAAAAAAUUUGGAAUUACUCAUAGGGGAUUACUUUAUGGGUUUAUGAUGUUGAAUUGUAUAAAAAAGUAUUUCUAACUCUGUAACUUUAGGUUCUAGUAUUUUAAUUAGUUUGAAGUAUCAUUAAAUUGUACUAAAAUGUCGGCUCAAAGUAUAAUCAUCGAUGUUGUAAGAAGCAGAUUUCCAUUUUGUAUUGUUUGGACUCCAAUUCCACUUUUAACAUGGCUAUUUCCUUUUAUUGGACAUAUGGGAAUUGCUCUUUCUUCAGGCGUUAUAAGAGAUUUUGCAGCCCCAUAUUAUGUGUCAGAGGAUAACAUGGCUUUUGGUAAACCUACAAAGUAUUGGCAGUUACAACCAUCUUUCGCUAAUGGAGGUUGGGAUUCAAGUAUAAUAGAAGCUUCAGAGAUCUAUAAAACUCAUGUACAUAAUUUGUUUUGUGAUAAUUGUCACUCUCAUGUAGCAACAGCUUUGAAUUUCAUGCAAUAUGGUGGAUCUAACAGUUGGAAUAUGGUUAAAUUAGCCCUGUUAAUGGCAUGGCAUGGGAAGUAUGUUUCUUUUCCUGCAUAUGUUAAGACAUGGUUCCCUUUUUUUGCUAUUGUGAUUAUAGUUGUAUGUAUAUUAAUCUUUUUUUAAACAAAAGAGUAUUUAUUGGAAUAAACAAUAUAUACAAACUAAAUUGUCAUUUCUGUUAGGAAUAUUUGAAGUAGCAAAGCUCCUGGUUGUUCCAUGUAUAAUUUUACCAUUUUUCCUUGAACUAUAUUACAGACAGCUUGGCAAUUGUUUAACUGCAUGCCAGAAAGAAACAUUAUAAACUUUUUAAUGUCAAUUGUAGAAGAUACGGAAUUAGACUUGAUUUCUUCAUUGCUACAAUUUGUCACAUUUCCUUCUAUAACAAGCAAGUUGAAAAAUAGUUUUCUCGAAAAUAUAGAGAAUUAUUUACCCACAAAACUAUUGACAUUUAAAUUGGGGAAAUGUGCUGCCAAUUUAACUGUGCUUGUAUUAAUGGAUAAAUUAAGUUUACCGUCUUUAUUUGCACUUACAGUAAGAGUGUGACUCAUACUUUUCAUCCUUUCUACUAUAUUCCUAACUGAUUUUAAGUUAGGCAUUUGUAUAGACACCUAAAAUAAAUUUCUUAAUAC